AUGAAGGCGACCACAGUCUGCUACAAGACGACGUCCAAAGGCCUGAAGAUUAACAUUGACGUUCGACCACCAGAUCUCAGCACCUUUUGUUAUGACCUCGCAGACGGCGCCAUUGUCAUCCGGCCUGCUUUUCUGUACUUCCAUGCGGGAGGACUUGUUUAUGGGAAUAGAAGAAGCUUUAUUCCGCGAUGGCUUUCUGAUCGUGUCGCCACACAGGGUUGGCUGUUUAUCUCGGCAGACUACCGUCUCAUACCGCCAUCGACUGGAGAUGAUAUCCUUGAGGACGUCAGGGAUCUCUGGAACUUCCUGACAAAUAGAGAUCUGACCCUUGAAUUGGAUAUCUCAGCCUCUAAGGAUGAUCGGAAGACGGCCAAAUUCAAAUUCAAGGCAGACUCUAUCGCUGUUGGGGGAUCCAGCGGUGGUGGACUCUGCGCGUAUCUGGCAGCAGUGCAUUGCCGUAACCCCAAGCCAGUUGCCAUUCUUUCGAUUUACGGAAUGGGAGUAUUGAAUGGCGCCCAGACGCCUCAUUAUCUCGUUCCUAAGCAAGAGAAAUUUCCGAGAGCAGCGGAAUUUCUUAAAGAAAAGGACUUCAAGUCAUUCCUCCACCCAUUCGAAGAGGAUGAUUUGAGCGAAGUAGCGCACGAUCCUAGAUUCUCCCGGGGAACUUUGAGCGCACGAGUCCACGUCAGCACACUCUACCUACAAUCCGGAGUCUGGCUGGACUAUUAUACCGGCAGACACGACCCCAGCAUCAGUAGGACUCUUCAGCGGCUGUGCAGAUUUUCACAAUUCGUGUCACCCUUGGAGAUAUCUGUGGCAGACGAAGGAGUAAGAGACCAAGUUGUCGAGGAGGUGAAAUGUGUCGACGGCUUGUUUCCACAGCUGAAGGUAUCGUCAGACUGGCCUCCGGUGUUCUUAAUUCAUGGCAGCGGGGACACCUCGGUGCCGGUUGGAGAGUCUGUGCACCUGUAUGGGUUGCUACAAGAGGCCGGAGUGCCAGCAGAGUUGGUGAUGGUGGAGGGUGAAGAGCAUGGGUUUGAUCAAGGAAAGGAGUCCGAAUCCAAGUGGGGUAGCUAUUUCGAUAGAGCAAUGGAGUGGCUUCGUAAAUACGCUCACGAAUAG